CAAAAACUCAAUUUAAUUCCUUAAUCUUUAUAGCUAAAUAAGGAAACGAAAACAACAUUAUAAACAAAUACUACUUAAUAUAUUUAUUUCUAAUAACAAUUUUAUAAAACUAUGAAUAUGAUGAUAAUUGAUUAAAAACAAACAAAGCAAACACAAUUUUGUGUUGAUAUAAAAACGAGGCAAAAUUCAAAAAAGCAUCAGUCUCAGUCAGUGGUAGGUCGAAGUAGAAUACCAUAAAAACUAAAGCAAAAUGAAGUUGACUAUAGCCAUAUCUGUGCUUUCAUCUUUAGUUGCUUUAGCUUUGUGUCAAGAUAUUGCUAUUGAAUCCUAUAGCUCUACAACCAGUACAAAGUCCACAACAACUACCACGCCCACACCGACAACUACUACAACAACCACUAAACCAAACACUACACGACCCUGUUUGAAAGGCUGUAAGUGGAACAUCUACUUGUCGGAUUAUAAUUGCAGCAGAUUCUGGCAAUGUUCUGACGGAGUAGCCACCCUUCAAGAAUGCCCUUGUGAUUUACACUUCAACCCUGAAGCUAACGUUUGCGAUUGGCCGAAGAACUUCAAACAUGAAGUACCUUGUAAAGGAUGGACUUGGGAAGAUCAGAUUUGCGAAGCGCCAGAGACUACCACUGAACCUACGACAUUAUACCCCUUAUAUCCACCACCCUGUGACAAAGAUUGCCCUUACCUUCUCCACGUUCCUGAUGCUACAAGUUGCAAAUAUUUCUGGAAAUGCGACCACGGCAGAGCCUACAGGAUAAAAUGUCCAGAUGGUUUGGUCUUCAAUCCCGAAACAAAGGUUUGCGAUUAUAAUGGGUGUGAGGAGGGACGGGGAUGGACUUGGGAAGACUUGAUUUGCCAUGACAUAUCCACUGAAAAACCUUGCUGCGAAGAAACUACACCUGCAGAACCUGAAGAAGAAAAACCCUGUUGCCCUGUAGCUUGUCCAGUACAAUUGUUUGUACCAGAUCCAAAUUGUUGUAAUUAUUGGGACUGCACCAAUGGUGUAGCUACAAAAAUGACGUGUCCAUCCGGCCUUUGGUGGAAUCCAGAGGAAAACAUUUGCGACUGGCCAAAUUCAGAUUAUUGUGACAGACCAAAAUGGGAUGAUAGCAAAUUAGAAUGUCCGCUUUCCGCUAACACCACAACCGGAGGACUUAGUAGCACUACUCCAAAACCACCUAAAUGCGAGCCAGGAGUAGAAUACAUGGCAAACUUGCACGAUUGCGGAUCGUAUUGGCAGUGCAGAGACUUAGCUGCCAUAUUGAUGCCAUGUCCAAAAGGUCUACAUUGGAAUUCUCAAAAAAAUUACUGCGAUCAUCCAGAAAAUUGUGAUUGCAUACAGCCUUCAUAAAUAAAUUAGAUGUUUGUACAUUGUAUUUUUUUACAAAUGGUACUGUGAUAAUUACCUAGUAUUAUACUAUAUUACUUAUAUAAAUUUGCUCAAAUAAAUUUAAGGAAAUGUAAUUAGAUUUUUUCUUUAAAUAAAAA